GCACCUGUAGCAUUUGUGCUGUCCCCUAGCAUCGAAAUCGCUCUACGUUGUUUUGCAGCUUCAUCCUCAAACAUUUCAAAUAUAGAUAACGCAGAUAAUAUACACUCCCGAUAACAGAUGAUGGAAGAAAUCGGUGGUUGUUUGCGAACGUUGCGAGUUUGCGUGUUGUGAUGUUGCAUACGGAUGAAGUUCACGAAGUGGAAGCAUAAAAGUGAGGUUAUUUAAGUUCGGGCGUGAAUUGACAUUGACAUCCAUAAAUAAAGGGAGUCUGAGUAUAUACAAAUCUGUUGCCUUAGAAUCCAUUCAUCAAAUCGGGAAGAUGUCACGUUCACUAAUAAAAUACGGCCAGUUGGCGGAAAAGAGAACAGCGUUCUUUUUGUGUGACAUCCAGGAGAAAUUCCGUCCUGCCUUAUCACAUUUUGAACAAAUACUUGAAGCAGCAAAGAAGUUGGUUCAGGCAUCCAGAAUUUUAAAUGUUCCUCUUGUAGUGACAGAACAGAAUCCAAAAGGCCUGGGUAAAACAGUGGCAGAACUGGAUAUAUCUCAUGCACGUGGAGUUUACCCCAAAACGAAGUUCAGUAUGAUAGUGCCUGAAGUGGCAACAGAACUUGGGACGCUAUGUGAUGGGAAGCUUGAGUGUGUCGUGCUCUUCGGCAUAGAGGCGCAUGUGUGUGUUGAGCAGACAGCAGCGGAGUUAUGUUAUCGAGGCCUUCAGGUGCACGUAGUUGCUGAUGCUUGCACUUCACGUUCACAGGAAGACCGCCUGUUGGCAUUUGAGAGACUGCGACAGAUUGGCUGUUUCGUCACAACAAGUGAAGCAGUCAUCUUCCAACUUCUAGGAGACAAGGAACAUCCAAACUUUGCUGAUAUUCGUCCCCUCAUCAAAACAGUUUCACCUUAUACUGGACUUGCUGCAUAUACAUCUAAAAUAUAAUUACCAUAUUUUAAAUUUUUAUAAUAUCAUAAACAAAGUUAAGGCUGUGUCCUAGUGGGUCAAUUUUACAUUCUUAAGUUUCUUUCACAUUACAGUGGCAACAGUAUCUGAUAUAGUACAUUAAAGUAUAGUGUUUACUUUGUGGUACUUAUAUCCAUGUGUUCUGCUGUAAGUUCAGCUGUUGACACCAUUUGACAACUUCAUUUAACAUGUUGGAUUUGAGGUUGUUGUAGGAUGUAAGAUGUGAGGUUUUCAUGGCGGUGACUAUGAAGA